AUCAAUCAAGAGAAGAAGAGUGAGAAGAAGUGAUAGAUCAUGGCAACUACCCCAAAAUGGAUCAUGGUUGGAGGAGAAGGUCCUGCGAGUUACAACCAGAACUCCUCGUAUCAGGGAGCAUUGCUGAAAGCCACAAAAGAAAAGAUAAGCGAGGCUAUUUCGUCCAAACUCAGUCUUGAUUUGAUCUCUGAUCGCUUCAGUGUCGCAGAUUUUGGUUGCGCGAGUGGACCUAACACUUUUGUGGCAGUCCAAAACAUAAUAGAUGCAGUUGAAGACAAGUACCGCAAGGAAACCGGACAAAACCCGGCAGAAGACAUCGAGUUCCAAGUCCUCUUCAACGACUUUACCACCAACGAUUUCAACACUCUCUUCCAGACACUCCCUACCGGUAGAAGAUACUACACUGCUGGUGUCCCAGGUUCCUUCUUCGAACGUGUUCUUCCUAAAGAGAGUUUCCACAUAGGAGUUAUAAACUACGCAUUCCAUUUCACCUCCAAAAUCCCCAAAGGCAUCACGGACCGCGACUCUCCAUCGUGGAAUAGAGACAUGCAUUGCACUGGGUUCAACGCCGCGGUCAAGAAAGCAUAUCUUGAUCAGUACUCGGCCGACACCAAGAUUUUAUUAGAUGCUAGAGCCGACGAGCUAGUCCCCGGGGGAUUGAUGUUGCUUCUUGGAUCGUGUCUAAGAGAUGGAGUUAAGAUGUCCGAGACCGUUAAAGGAAUGGUGUUGGAUGCUGUCGGAGCUUCUCUUAACGACCUUGCUCAACAGGGUGUUAUCGAACAAGACAAGGUGGACUCGUUUAGCACGCCACUCUUCUUAGCAGAAGAACGUGAGCUGAAGCAUAUCAUAGAGGAAAACGGGAGAUUCACAAUCGAGGCGUUUGAAGAUAUCGUUCACUCGUAUGGAGAGUUUACACUAGACCCCAAGGUUUUAGCCGUCUCUACUAGGGCCUCCUUUGGAAGUUUCCUAUCACAACAUUUUGGAGAGCAAGUCUUUACCAAAAUCUUUGAUCUCAUCGAGGCCAAGCUACGCCAAGAGCUUCCUCGCCUCCUGAAUGCCAAACCCGGAAUGCAAUACCUUAUCGUGCUUCGAAAGAAGAACUAAGGAUCCAAAUCUGUUAUUGUGAUCAGUCAUUUCCAGUAUUGUUUCAUUUGGUGCUUUGUUUUUGCUUCUGUGCGAGUGUGUUUUUGUUAUUAUCUAUACAAAAUAAUAAAUGUUUGUGUAUGGUUAAUGAUUUAGCUGAUGUUGUUGGUGGAUGAUAUGGAUGGUGUAUUUUAAUUCGAUAUUUAAUAAACUGCGUAUGUUCCGGAUGGCUUAUUAUAAUAUCAAAAAUAAAAGUAUAUUCUG